GCAGCCAAGAACAAGCUUUUCUUUUCUUCCUCUUUGAUUUAGAGAUCUAGAGCUGGUUCAGUUCACUGGGAUGGAUCGGGUGACCAACCUGUACCUGGAGAACCUGUGCAUCAUGCAGGAGAACGAGCGGCUGAGGAAGAAGGCGCAGCUGCUGGACCAGGAGAACAAGGCGCUCCUCGCCAAGCUCAAGCUCAAGAACAAGAAGCCCUCCUCCGCCGCCACCUCCUCGCCGUCGUCCCACCAGCAGCCAGACGCCGCCGCCGCCGCCGCCGCCGCCAAUGCCAAGGCCACGCCGGCGGCGCCAUCGUCCAAGGGUGGGAAGAAGCCCAAGUGA